UAAUUGAACCAUAUGAGUGGAGAGCAUUUGUUUGUAAUAAAUCUUGAAGUGAAAGUUGUAGGAAGUAAAAUUUGUGGCUGCAUGAAACCCAAAAUCUAAGUCUUAAUUUUGUUAUUUUCUUGUUUCAAAGCACUCUUUUUUGAUGAUUCGAAAGAGAACAAAUGACAAUAGCUUCAACCGCUUUCAACAGUCUAGUUUAUGGCAGAAAUGCACCAACUUUCGUUCUUUGAAGCAACUUCAUGCCUUUCUGAUCGUCAAUGGCCUUAAUUCAACCACUUCUGUACUCAGAGAACUCAUUUUUGUUAGUGCAAUUGUUGUUUCUGGGACAAUGGAUUAUGCCCACCAAUUGUUCGCUCAAAUUUCUCAACCGGAUAUCUUCAUGUGGAACACCAUGAUCAGGGGUUCGGCUCAGACCUUGAAGCCUGCAACUGCUGUUUCUCUUUAUACCCAGAUGGAAAAUCGUGGGGUUAGGCCUGAUAAAUUUACCUUCUCCUUUGUUCUCAAGGCCUGCACUAAGCUUUCAUGGGUUAAGUUGGGAUUUGGAAUUCACGGGAAGGUUUUGAAGUCUGGAUUUCAAUCCAAUACAUUUGUAAGGAAUACUCUUAUUUAUUUCCAUGCUAAUUGUGGCGAUUUAGCUACUGCAAGAGCAUUGUUUGACGCUUCUGCCAAAAGGGAAGUUGUGCCUUGGUCAGCUUUGACAGCAGGCUAUGCAAGAAGAGGGAAAUUGGACGUUGCACGACAGUUGUUUGACGAAAUGCCCAUGAAAGACUUGGUCUCGUGGAAUGUGAUGAUUACGGCAUAUGCGAAGCAUGGGGAGAUGGAGAAGGCUAGGAAACUGUUUGAUGAAGUUCCGAAGAAAGAUGUUGUGACUUGGAACGCGAUGAUUGCAGGAUAUGUGCUUUCUAGAUUGAACAAGGAAGCAUUGGAGAUGUUUGAUGCAAUGAGAGAUUUGGGACAAAGGCCGGAUGAUGUAACGAUGUUGAGUAUCUUAUCUGCUUCUGCUGAUUUGGGAGAUUUGGAAAUUGGAAAGAAGAUACAUCGUUCCAUUUUCGACAUGUGUUGUGGAGAUUUAAGUGUUCUUCUUAGCAAUGCACUUAUAGACAUGUAUGCCAAGUGUGGAAGCAUUGGGAAUGCUUUGGAAGUUUUUCAAGGGAUGAGAAAAAAAGAUACCUCCUCAUGGAAUUCAAUAAUAGGAGGUUUGGCUCUUCAUGGACAUGCUGAGGAGUCAAUAAAUCUAUUUCAGGAGAUGCUCAGGUUGAAAAUGAAGCCAAAUGAAAUCACUUUUGUUGCCGUGUUGGUUGCUUGUAGCCAUGCUGGGAAAGUACGAGAAGGGAGAAUGUACUUCAAUCUUAUGAAAAACGUGUUCAAAAUUGAGCCCAAUAUCAAGCAUUACGGAUGUAUGGUAGACAUAUUGGGGCGUGCCGGGCUAUUGAUUGAAGCAUUUGAUUUUAUAGACACGAUGGAGAUUGAACCUAAUGCCAUCAUUUGGAGAACACUACUUGGGGCCUGUAGAGUUCAUGGAGAUGUAGAAUUGGGAAGGCGUGCAAAUGAGCAAUUACUCAAAAUGAGGAAAGAUGAAAGUGGGGAUUAUGUACUCCUUUCUAACAUAUAUGCAUCACAAGGUGAGUGGGAUGGAGUCCAGAAAGUGCGGAAGUUGAUGGAUGAUGGUGGGGUGAAAAAGAAGGUAGGACAUAGCCUGAUUGACUCAGAUAACAGCUUCUUAAUGCAUUUCUUGUUUGACUCAAAGCCCAACUUUGUAGAAGGCAGUUGAUCCCUGUUAUAUGUUCUACUGCUUCAUCUCUACAAGGUUUUACAAUGUUUUAGGAUCUUUUCCUAUUUGGCUAUGGCCACAGAAACAAGCACACAGAUCCAGCUGUGGUUGAAAGCGUGAGUGUGGACCAUGAUUUCUAGACUGUAUGUGAAAAGAUUCGUCUUCAAGUCUAAUUCUUGAACACAAAGUUGAAGCCUUCGUUGUGGAGGAUUCUUGUGCUUUCUAUUGCUAUGUUUCCUGAUGGAAUCCCCAAAUUGGGGGUUAGAAUGGUUGUUUUUAUUCAAACAACUAUAGAUUAUUUAAAUUUUAGGCUCCACAAGUUGUCCUA